AUGUCUCGAAAGAGUCAAGAAGAAAUGCUUAUGGAAUGGUUAGAGAUUCCACUAAGCAGUGAUGACGAUCUUGAGUGUUUCUCUGACGAUUCCAUUCAAGAUGAGACAUAUGUUGCUCCAGAAUCUGUUGAUUGUGAUAGUGACAGUAGUGACGAAGGAAGUCAAGUACCAGUAAUUAGGACUGAAGAUAUUUCUGGAACAAGACAAUCUGAUGUUAUAAUGAAGGAAUCGACGUCACAGUUGUCUGAUAAUGCUCUGAAACUGCCAUGCAGCAGCAAAAAUGUUACCAAAAACAGCAGGAGUGUGGUUUGGAAAGAUAAACAGUUGAUUAUUCCCGAACUGCAGUCAAAAUUUCAUGACAAUACUUCGUUACCAGAAGAAGUAAUAAACUUAAAUACUCCAUACCAAUUCUUCAAACAUAUAUUUCCAUCUAAAUUGUUUGAUCUAAUUGUCGAAGAGUCUCAUAGAUACAGUGUGCAGUGUAAUCCUGAUAGACCAAUAGAUUUAUCCUGUGAUGACAUAAAAAAAUUUAUAGGCAUCUGUCUCGUAAUGUCAAUAGUUCAUGUACCUAAUACGAGGGAUUACUGGGGAGAAGUUACUGGUACUCAUCUGAUCACGACAACAAUGACAGUGAAUCAGUAUGAGCAAAUACGUAAGUUUCUUCACUUCAAUGACAACAGUGCAAUGAUACCCAGGGGUGAAAAAGGUCAUGAUAGACUCUUCAAGAUAAGACCCAUAAUAGAAUUGAUGAGAUCUCGGUUUCAAACAAUACCUGUUGAGGAGUGUGUUUCUGUUGAUGAACAGAUAUGUUCAACAAAGGCUAGAAGUUAUUUGAAACAAUACAUGCCAAACAAGGCUCAUGAAUAUGGAUACAAAUUAUUUGUUAUUAGUGGCAUAUCUGGUUAUGCCUACGAUUUUGAGAUUUUCACUGGAGAUGAAAAUGAACCAGAAAAACGAGUGACUGGGGAGGAAGACUUGGGAGCAAGUGCAAAUGUUGUAGUUCGACUCAGUAGGAUACUACCAAGAAAUAUGAACCACAAACUGUACUGUGACAAUUAUUACACAAGUCUGCCACUGCUUGUAUGGUUACAUAAACAAGGAAUUUACUCACUCGGGACAGUCAGAAGAAACAGAGUGCCAGACUGCAAGCUCCCUUCAGAAGCUGAGCUGAAGAAAAUGGCACGAGGUGCAUCAGUAGAGCACGUCGCAACAGUGGAUGGUGUCGACAUAUCAAAUGUAGUGUGGAAAGAUAACAAGAGUGUGAUGUUGCUUUCUACACUUGCUGGACAGCAGCCUAUUCAUGAAGCAGGGAGUGGCGGCCGCGGUGCCUCGCUGCCCCCGGCUGUGUCGCUCAGGGCCGCUGCCUGCCGUCUGCUCGCCGGCCGCUGCUUCAACUCGCAAAGGCUCCACGCGACCUACGCUGCCGGGUCGCGCUAUUGCCACGUGUAUGUCCUGGCGGUCCUCGCUGGUCCGCAGCUACAGCUUCAUCUCAUUGUCACUCGACCGUUCACCUGA